GCACAGCUGCGUGUGUCCGCUGAUUACCCUGAACAAGAGGACAUGACUGAAGGGAGGAGCUCCUGAUUGUCUUAAAUCAGCUCAGAAGUUGAGAAACGGUGGACAAAAGAGUAACAGUGGGGUCAUGGUCUGGAGCGACAUGGAAUUUCAAGUCCUUUUGAUGAUUUUGUUUCUCUGUUUGACUUCAGAGAGAUGCGAGGGCAAAGUAAACCACAAACCAUCGACAUGCGGAUAUCCUCCAUCGCAGUGGUGCCGAAGUUUGGAAAUAGCGGUUGAGUGUGGGGUCCAGAAGCAGUGCCUGGAGCUGAAUGCCACGCGGCCCAACUCUGCAGCGCCCCCAGUGGAGGUGACCCUGUACUACGAGAGCCUGUGCCCGGGCUGCAGGGCCUUCAUCACUCAACAGCUCUACCCCACCUGGACACUUCUCAAGGACAUCAUGAGGGUCAACCUGGUGCCCUACGGCAACGCCCAGGAGAUGCAGAAUGCAGUCAUCUGCCAACAUGGAGAGCCUGAGUGUCAUGCCAACCUGGUUGAGGCAUGUAUCCUGCACAUGGCCAGCCAUGAGGCCUUCCAUGUCAUCAACUGCAUGGAGUCCGCCUCGUUUGUCCUGACUGCUACCCAGCCUUGCUUGCAGCUGUUUGCCCCAUCCAUGAGGUGGGAGUCCAUCUCGGCAUGCGUCAAGGGUCCCCUUGGACACAGUCUGAUCCACGAGAACGCUGCCAAGACCCGGGCGCUGAAUCCGGCACACACACACGUGCCCUGGGUCACCUUCAAUGGGGUGUACACAAACGAAUGGGAAGACCAGGCCAUGUCCUCUCUUUUCCAUCUGGUUUGCAGUUUAUACAAAGGAGGGAAGCCUCCUGCUUGUACAGGAGCCCUGCGGAAACUGGACAGAAGCUUUUGCUGACAGAAUAUCUGAAUAUCUGGACAUGACAUGCCUUUCAUAUGCUACUUUUACAAUAAAUGCCUCUUAGGACCAUC